AUGACCGAGCGGUAUAGUUUCUCUCUGACUACAUUUAGGUAAGUCAUCCAUUAAUUUUUGAAAUAAAUCAGUCCAUCGGGAAAGCUUUUACAGAUUGAGUAUGCACUUAAGGCCGCAGACUAUGGGGCGCCCUCCGUUGGUAUUAAAGCCUCCAACGGGGUCGUUCUGGCCGUUGAGAAGAAGUUUACGUCGGAGUUAAUUGACGAAUCGACUGUAUCCCGUAUUGAGCCCGUUACUAAAAAUGUGGGGAUGGUUUACAGUGGUCUGUCGCCGGACUAUCGCGUAUUAGUCAAACAAGCGCGAAAGCUGGCACAAGGUUACCAAUUAGCGUACGGCGACUCAAUCUCUCCGGAGCAGCUGGUCAUUCGGAUUGCAGCUGUAAUGCAAGAAUACACGCAGUCCGGGUAUGUUUUUUCUUUCUAACCCCUUGCCAACGAUCUUAACGGACUGAUGAAUUUGACACAUACAGCUCUCGCUUUUGCAUAUUUUCUGGUUAUUCAUGAAAUUUAUCCCACUCUAGACUGAAUUUAUAUAACCUAGUUGUGACUCUGAACCCUGCCUCUUUGGAAACCGCACAACGUCGUGUAAACUAUGGGAGAGUAGGUUAUACAGGAUGUGGAGGAAUCAAUGGUAGGACAAUUGUAGGUAGUAGCGAAAGCCUUAGCCGUAGAUUUUGCGUUUAGUGAUUGCUGUCGCAAUGGAGAAAGGUGGUGGGAAGUCAUCUCCUAUUCGUUUUAGCCCGUUUUUGUCCUUUCAUGUCCUCCAGCAAUCGCUGUCGGUUUUACACAGUGGCGCUUUGGCUGUAAUGUCUCCUAGUCUUAUCAAACCUUGCUGGUUAUUGCGGUUUCCUCAAGGAAGUAGUUGCCAGUUUUUUUCCAUUUUCAAUGCAAUAUGGGGGAAUUUUUUAAAUUUUAGUCGGGGGUAUUACAGGAGCGGGUAAAGUAAUGCUGGAAAGAAGGACUAAGAAAUUAAAAAUACGGUCUCGCCUUUCGGCUGAAUGCGCUCAGUGUCUUUGAGAAGUGUGGUAAGGCCCAUUCGCGUUUUGUUGGUCUUAUUGUCCAGCCGGUCUAAAGGGUCCAUGUUUGUCUCUCAGACGCCUUUCGAGCAUGAGUGAGUUAUGAGCGUACCAACCGAGGGCUACGGGGGCCAAUACUUCUGCCGGUGAACCUCGCCUAUUGUACUCUGCAAGUUACUCGAUGAACUGUCACCUUGCAUAUAGUCCAAAGUUAAUUUAUGAUCUUAAUCUUUAGAUAGUCUGCUGGAGAAUGACUACUCAUGUCCCUGUUUAUAAUAAGCCCGUUUCCCUUCUGGUUAGGUUGUUAACACGUAGGAUUCAAAUUUGUGCACCUACGCUUACAGCGUCUGGACAUAUGCCUAAUUCAACUGGUUCUCAGCACGUCAGAAACUUGGACGGAUGGUUGUUGUCAGAAAGGCCAGUAGUGAUGUUGAAACCGUCCCAUUGUCAUUACCAAAGUCUACCGAUGGUUGCUCUGACAAGGAUGUGCAGGUUUUGAGUUAUCAAUUCCAUCGGAAUCUUUUUUGUGGUUCGUACCGGCUACAAUUCAUGCUCGCAGCAUGCACUAAAAUCAAUUCUUCAGGCGGUCGUAGUAUAUUUUCAAACCAGUAAAGGUGAUUAUCCCUAAACAAGGGCGGGAGUGACGGACUUCCAAGCUUUGCUUCCAUAAUGUGUUUGGUACGGUAUGCCACGUAAUUGCCCCUACUCUAUCGUCUGCUCACAUUUUCCCAGUCUGCAGUGCUCACACACCUAUAAGAAAACAUUCAAGCCGCUGUCCUUCAAAUGAAGUCUCAGCAGGAGGGAAAGAAACGGUCUCUGAAUAGACCUGAUUUGAUUUAUGAGCUUGACCAUUCGUCCUCGCAAACUGGUAACCGCCUGUGUAUCCGGCUCAAUCGUAAGCCUGGUCAACUUCGUCUCUUCCCGUGUUGAUUCACAAAUACGCGAGCACUGAAGACGGCUUCUACCUGCUGUCUUCUUGAAGCAUACAGUGACACGAUUUGUCAUUGCAACCCGGGCCUGCGGAAGAAGCAACAUUCAAUAGUCGUAAUUGAUUUUGAAAAUUCCUGAAGCAACCAGAGAAGUCUUGGUUUUACCUGUGGACUUCCGUUUAAGUAGCAUGCACAUACCCAAUGCCUCCACUUGCCCCUGGCUUUUGACCGUAGUCUACUUGAUGCGCCCGUGCCCACAGCUGGCUCAACUGGUGGUUCAGUCCAGUGUGCUGCGUAGCACACGCCAACGUGGUUGUCUAUAAAAAGUCAACGCGUCGGGAGGAAUAAAACACGGUCAUUUGCGUUCAUUGUUAACUUUAACAGAUGCUUGAUAGCGCGCCAAAUGUCGAGGGACACCAGCUUGAUAUUUCCCCGCUUUACUCCAUUUUUUCGAUCGCCGUCUUUUUCACUUCCAUCCUCUCCGUACAUGGGUGCCUUCUGUCCAAACCUCAACACGCGAGGGUGGAUGGCAGACUUUAUGGUUUUCGCUCACAGACAAGACCGUUUUUAUGUACGGCAAUUAGUAUAAUUUAAUCGUCUCACUUUCUUAGUGGCGUGCGACCUUUCGGCGUGUCUCUUCUCGUCGCUGGGUGGGAUCACGACGCCAACCGACCCUACCUUUAUCAGUGCGACCCCUCGGUAAGUCAUCACACUUGCCUCCAUAAGUUCAUAACUUCCAUGCGAGUGGAGUCGUUGGGUACUUUUUCUGUCCAGUGGUGGGGUGGUUGGCAGUUGCACAUUUGGUGCGAUUAUGCUUGGUAUGGUUUGGUCAGUAGGAAGAAACCAGCCGUAUUAGGAUACAUUUCCAUGGCGUUUUGCACCAAACCCUCUGCUGUGCCUGAUCUUAUUUACAGUCGGCUCGCCCAGACCUGUCACUGGUCGACAGGGAGGGGGAUAGGGAGUGACGCUGAUCCUACGCCACGUAUCCUCACUAGUUUGCGUCACGCAUGGGUUACUCCCACUCCUCUAGGAGCUUGGUGGUCCUCAUCGUUCUCGGUGGACGAAAUAUCGUCCAGUCGAAGUGCGGGGUGACGGAAGCCUUUGGAAGACAGGGCUGUCACCUGGCCUUGCAGCGAGCUAGACGGCGCGUCCACUGAUAACGGGUAGUGGAAUGGCCUACUGCGAUGACUGACAGGAAACCGAGCAGAUUCGAAUCCGACAAAUAGGUAGUCAGGACCGUACAGGCCUACUAUGCCAGGCUCGGCGGACAUCAGCAUGGGGAAUGAUUUAUUUAUAAAACGGUCAAAAGCCCUGACGAUAUUACAACGUAGCGACUUUUGCCCGCUAUUCAGCAAGACCUCACCCAUCGUUCAGAUCGAUCCCGGAACCCAAGUCGGUGUUAUGGGGGCGAGAAAGGGACGGUCGUUUGAUACGCUCACCAUGGAGUCCAGGAGCUAAGGAAACCUCCCCGCUCAGUCUCUGUCCAGCGAGUUACGGCUUAGCCUUAUUUUUGGCACGUGGUCCGCGCUGUCUAGAUGGGCUUACCGAGAGCCAAUGUCACCGAUAGGAUCAGUUUUCGCCCGGAGGCAAUAACUCCUUUCACGUAGACUGACACCACACAUAGGGCUGGUUUCUUAUCCAGCAACAGCAGCAACCUAGGUCGAUGGGCUAUAUGUCAGGUAUGCAGAUAAGCUUUCCUCAUCACUCAGGUAACCCGUGCUACCGGCCCAUCGUACGAAUUCUCAGAAGUCAAGGCACACACCUGACGACGCGCACUAUGUCUAUCUUCCAUAACAUUGUCUGUUCGUUGUCAGAAUCCGACACGAACAAAGUUCUGCAAUCAAACAUCCUCCACUACUUUAGACAAGUAUAAAGUGUGUGAUCUGGGUCUGAAGAAGGUAACCUGUGGGAAUUUUCUUACAGGAAUUGCGGUAAUAGGAGUUAUAUGGGUGUGGCCUCAUAGAAGUGUACUGGAAACGCUUUAAGGGAAAGCUAUUCGGAGGCUCCGUGUCCGACAGAGUGGUGUUACCCCACGUGGACCAGGUACAGUACCACUCCUAGACUGAAAAUCGCCGGCCUAGAGAAGGCAUUGAAGACUUUUCUAUCCCAUAUUGAGACGUAGAGGAGUAGGUCGUGUCGAAAUUUUCUCCGUUGGGUGUUCGGACGUGACGUCGAUGUAGGCGGUGGGACUAUGUAUAGGUAGACCCCUCAUGUGUCCCCUCAACUACGGACAAAUCAUUUUCCUAAAAAGUUGCGUUUAUGAGGUAUAAAACAAUUUUUUGCAGCACCGCGUCCUUAGAAUGAUUUAGUUCGAAAAAUUAAAGCGAUCCCCCACCGUCUCCGACACAGUUUUUUUCAACAUUUGUGGAAAAACAGUCAAAUGAUCAAACUGAGGGCGGGCCACUUAUUACGCUGCUGAAGGAAUGGUUGCCGCACCGAUAAGAGCGCCUCUAGUUGCUCAGCGGCUGCUUCCGAAUGAACCCAGAGUGACCCUUUCUAAAGUUGUCCGCGCAAAGUUCCAUUGUCUAUGCAUUGUCCUCUGCUGCUGAAACUCUAGUAGUAAUCUGAAAUCUUUGAAACAACAGUCCUGAAUGAAGAUGGGUUGUUAGCUGAAGUCCGCGAGAGCUAUUCUGCUGUUACAUAUGAGGAACUUUGUAUAUUUCAGAAUGUGUGGCAUAUUGGACUUGUCUCGUAAGAUUGGUCCAAUGCUGCUUUGCCUUCUUCAAAAGGAAGACAAGAGGGAAUGCUGAAACUAGCCUUGCCAACGUGACCUCAAAUAUCUUUGCGUGUAUCAUCCUCAACCACGUUCAUCUCAUCGGGGAACACGAAUAAUAAAAAACCAGGACGGUUUCCGACCUGUAUCGACCAAAUGUCCAUUGUGAUGAAUCGUAGUGUGUCUUCUAUUUCCUUGCUUUUACCGUGGCGCUUGACCUCAACCAAAAGGACUGUCUAAGGAGGGGGGAGGGUCGUGUUGACUGAUAUGUCCCGAAACCAAUGAACCGGGCCAAGGCAUGCUCUAACCCCACACGAACACAAGCCCAAGCUUACUAUUAUGGAAACGAAUGCUUCGGUGUUAACACUAGCGUCUGACAGAGUUGUGUCCUCUUGCCAGUCCUCAGAGUAUGCGGCAGACUCAGAUCUGAAGAUGAAGAUAGGCUCUCCGGAACAGGUUUAUUUAAGUGCUGACGCUUCGAAGAGCUGGGUCGGCUCUUCAUUGUCAAAGCGUAAAAUGCGCUUAAUCGAUCAGAAAUUUAAGUUAAAGUGGCAUCUUGUGUUGGUCGGCCUCAUGCUGAUAGAUUUUUCUCUCCUCUCGCUGUCUCGGCCUCUCGGCAGAUGGUUGACGGGCGCUUUGCCGGCGUGCUUUGUGAGUCACCACUCCGUUGGGGAAAGCUGAUGAAAACUUUGUCGGGAGGUCAGUCUGGCGGUUCUUGUUCUUCCUCACCGAGUAAACUCGCCGUCGUGAUAUCUCCUUACGGCCUUCUUAAGUCCGGUGUAGUUGUUUUUUUCCUGAGUUCUACGAUUGUGAUGAUGUAGGACUUUGUAAGCUGCAGGACGGUUCAGAUGCCCGUCGAUGGAGUUUACAUCAGAGGACUACGCCUCGAGAUUUAGCCACUCUGCUCUUGUGUUGCCCCGGCCUAUUAUGAUAGCCCUCUGGAGAUCGAACGUAUGCCCAGUUUCUCCAACGUGUGUUGAUAGUUGAGGGUUAGGGUCUAACCUCCGAGUGGCCGAUUUGUGCUCUUGUAGGCGAGUUUGCAAUUUUCGCCCGGUUUCGCCCACAUAGUUGCAGUCGCCCUCAUUGCAAUUUAUUUUGUAGAUGAUUGCUGAGGUUUCAGCGGGUGAAAAUGGGUCCUUAGGCUGCAUCAGGCGACGUCGAAUUGUUGCUUGGGGUCGAUGGGCUAUGCCUGCUCUGGUGGGUUGUAACAGUUGCGAGACCGCUUCAGAGACCCCUUUAACGUAAGGAAUGGCUCUCCAGUCCUUCGGGUUGCUGCUCAUUUGGCCGUCGCCUGAGCGCCCAACAUCUGCUUCACUCGAUGAAAUGUCUGGGAUAACCAUUGGCUGCAAAUAGGUUCACAAGGUACAAUCAUUCGGCGCUUUUAUCUUCAGGCGUGCUGCAGUGUGUUUCGACUCUUUGGAAUAGAGUGCGGACACAACUACGUUCGUGAGACAGAGAAUGGUUGCUGUUUAAGUGUAGGAUCUGUAUCGUGUUGGUGGAUUUUCGGAAUACUGUAGUUUUCAGCUGUCCAGUGGUACACCGGCACACAAGUACGUCAAGGAAGGACAGUUGGUUGUUUGUCUCUGCUUUCAUCGUAAUUAGGAUAUUCGGGCCAACCGAGUUCAUUAGUUCUUUUAGGUGCUCAAUGUUAGUUGUUUUGAUGACGAAGGUGUCAUCUACAUAGCGUGUCCAGAACUUUGGUUGAUACUUGGUGAACACUAAGUGUUCUACCCGUUGAAGAUCUACUUCAGCACUUAAAUAAACCUGUUUCGGAGAGCCUAUCUUCAUCUUCAAAUAAUCAACCCGCAUCUCUCAACUUUGCCAACCUGAACAGGCUCAGAUCUGUACACAGCAUUCCGGGACUACGAGAACGUCCAGGUGGACCAGGGUCUCAUCUUGAUUCUUGCUUAUGCCGACAACAUCACCUGGCCUGGAACUACCGCGAGCUGUAAUCUGUUCUUUCCCGCUUAUCAGGUCGGCGAUUGAGCAGUAGCAAAAUCGAAGUAGAUCGUGGAAUAUCAUAUCUACCUUUGUUCCUCUCUCCCACCUACUGGCGUGUGUCAGGUUACGACCAGAGCAGUCCAGCUAUGUCUGCUAAACACGCUUUUGCCCGCCGCUGACAACUAGCACCCUUGGACAAUACUACAUUUUCGAUUUAUGGACCAACUCUCGAGUGUGGAACUUUACCAAUGACGUUGCGGGCGUUAUAUUUAAGUCACUAUCUCAGAUGGUUCUGUCACAUCACUGCUCGACCCAAAGGGGGGCUCAUUUGCAAUGGCAUCUCUCUAAACCCCUGCUGGACUCGUUCUUUUCGGCCAGAAAAUGAAACACCAGUUAGGCCAAGAUUGGUGAGGGUCUAGUCGAAGGUCGUAGAACAUGAGUCGUACCAGUCUUUGACCUCAUGGAGCCUACAGUUGGCCAAAUUGGCAUUAUUUUUAGCCGUCACCAGUACCAGUAGGUCGAAUCUCGGACUUCUCUAUCGUUUAUCAAGGUCCACCUGGUACUUUUUCUCAGCUAGUUUUUGCGCAAUUUACCGAAGGCUUUGUUCCGCUCGCUCAGAUACGGUCAAAACACGCCCUUAGAUAAGCUACUGCGUGUUCGGCUUGCAUUUUCACCUGUACGGCUACCGGUCCCUCGCUCGUCUCCACCUAACAUGAUUGAUUUGAGCAUUCACAAGUUUGUACCUCUGCUGUUAUGUGCUGUGUAAUGUACUUCUGGCUCGUCAAUAAAAUCCCUUUUUCUUCUCGUCAAGGGCACAUUUUUCCCUUGGAAAGCCACCGCUCUGGGAAAGAAUUCGAUGAAUGGGAAAGCCUUCCUCGAGAAACGGUAAGCUUAUUUUUGAGUACCACGGCAAGCCAUUUACAUUGCUCUAUCCUCCUCGUUCUUGGUUAUUAGUAGACCUUAUGGGGUGGUGCAUUUACUAGAACUUUAGUGCGGAACUCCUCAACCGCUAUCAUAAUACUGAUGAGGUAAAAUCUGCUAGGUUGACUAUGGAGUGUUGCCUUCGGAUCUGUAUCUAUCGACUGACAUAACCAUCUUCCCCGUUAGCAUUUGCGGGAUGUUUUUCAAUCAGACCUGGCAACUCUACAUUUAUGGUUAUUUGUUCUUUGUCUAUUUGUUUGCUACUUGACCUUGGUUUUCUGAUCGAACUUCCGUCUACUCCGCGUAAUUUAGCCGCGGCCUUUUCGGCGUUACUUUCUUAUGUAUUCGAUACAUUUAGAUCUUUAGGUCUAUGCGCCUGAUAGUUUCUUUAAGAAUUCACCACAGCCCAUCAGUUGAAGGAAAUUUCAGGUUUGGCAGAUAAUGAUACCUCCCGAAAAGCACAGUGAUGAUAAGCGCUACUGAAUUAAUUUUAGUAGUGUCGGCAUGUUACACAAUAAGUGUACAAUGCGGGACCACUUUUCUCUAACGUACGUCCUCCCCUGAUGUGCGUCAUGCUUUUCAAAUUGGUGAUUUUCAGAGCUGUUGGCUAUCUUCGACUCAACUACAGUGAUGGGAAAAGCACUCAAUUUUUAUACUCGAACGAGAGAGAAGUAGUUGCAGGGGAAUCACCUUCCGUUCCGUGAUUAAAACAGCCUGGAAAAGUAAACAUGGUUAACUGUGUUCAGCUUAGAGCGUGAUUCUCAGGUGAGAAGGGGACAUCCGCUGCAUGGUAGAUGAGAAAAAAAUCGUUUGGCAUUCCUCAAAAUUUGCCUACGCUCUAACCGUUUCCUGGUUGGAUCGUUUGUGUCUGUCACAGUCGUUGUUAUAAACUCGUAUAUGACCUUUCAUAUCCACCUGCCCCUCCGAAUUCAUCCGGUAAUGGCGGUUUUUCUUCUCUGGUCUACUUUAGACACAGCGACAAACUAGAACUGGAGGACGCUGUACAUGCUGCCAUUCUGACCCUAAAGGAAAGUUUUGAGGGCCAGAUGACGGAAAACAACAUCGAAAUCGCCGUCUGCAACGAGAAGGGCUUUCGCAUUCUGGAGCCGUCCGAGAUUAAGGACUAUCUAGCCACCAUUCCCUAG